CUUCUCGCUCACUUCUAUCACUGACAGAGAUAAGAAUGGUACUUGAGAAGCGUUUCAUAUUUUCCCUACCUAUCGCGCAGGAAUUAACUUUCAAGUCAUAACGCACUAUUCGUCACCCUUUCGGGCUUGGACAGUUCUAACAGUGUACCUAAAAGCAAAUUAAAAGCAUGCUGUCUAACUUCUCUAAAUGUGAGAAGUUUCAAACAGGCGCCCUGCCUGUGGUGUAUGGAGUUGAGUUUGUUGUGGCUCUGGCUGGAAAUCUGUUCGCCCUGUGGCUGCUGGUCGUCAAAGAGAGAAGAAACUGGCACACCGGUGUUGUUCUGUCAUGCAACUUGGCCAUCAGCGACCUGCUGUACGUCCUCACCCUGCCGUUGUUGAUCGUCUACUACUCAAAGGACAAGCACUGGAUGUUCGGCGACGCUGUGUGCAAGCUGGAAAAGUUUCUUUUCACAUGCAACUUAUAUGUGAGCAUCUUCUUCAUCAUGGCGAUAAGCGUGAAUCGAUGCGUGGCCCUCGCUUGUCCAUUUUUCACCCGCUCUUAUAUAACGCCUGGCCACGCCAAGGUCACCAGUAUAAUCAUAUGGGUCAUCGUUGGAGUCAUUUCCAGUCCGGUGUUGAAAUUUGCCUCUGUUUGCUCAGAUGGGUCUAAUAACAAAAUUCAGUGCGUGUCCUUCUGCAACGAGACUGAACACCCUCACUACUUUUACAAAUUUUUCCUCUCUGUGUUUGGGUGUCUCGUUCCCUUCCUGGUUACUUUCACUUCUUACUGUGUGGUGAUUUGGGUAGUUUGGAAGAAUGUCAACCUAACCCCUCUUGAGAAACGCAAAGUCGCCCUGUUAGUCGCAUCAGUGCUUGUGCUGUAUGCCAUUUCUUUCGUGCCUUAUCAUUUCUUUCAGAUUUAUCACUUGCAUCUAAGAUUGUUGCAUCCGGACAACGCUGUCUGUUGGAUCUAUGAUAUGUACCAAGUGUCAAAGGGACUGGCAACUGUGAACAUGUGUAUCCAUCCGGUCCUUUACAUGGCUGUGUUUGACAGUAUGAGAGUAGCGUGUUGUGGAAAAAGCUCAGAAGACAACAUCGGGGGGUGAUGAGCUGUUGCUCUUGCUGUGGUUUUUGUGUACACAUGCAAUGCACUGCAUAUAGCACUUGCUUGGCUUUCUUGUAGCUAUUUUAUUUCAAAGUGUUAAUAGUCUCUAUUAUGACUUUUCAAACAGUUUCUGUAUUAAAGACUUCUUCCUUUGUUGUGCAUCUAAAACACUUUCAUUAUGUUUCUUUUGGUUAAUUUAUAGUUCUCUAUGGUUUCUUCAUACAGGUCUUCGUGUUUUUUCACAAAUUUUCAGUCCAGUCCUUGCAUCUGAUCACAUCA